AUGCCUCGCUUCGACGAUUCUGAUCUGGGCGUGGACCCCAAUUCCGCUGUCCCUCCCACCCGCGGCACUGCCCCCGACACUCGCUCCCCCAGAGACCGCGGCAGCAUGGCAGGCUCGCUGCCAAUCCCCAGCGACGCUGGAAACACCGUUGAGGUCCCCGCUUCCAGAAGCUCUAUCAGCGAUGCCGCUGCUUUCAUGCACAACCUGAGCCUGUCCCCCUCCACCCGGGACCGCCGCGGCUCUCGCAACUCCUUUGGCACUUCCCUCCCCAUUCCCCGCUCUCCCCGUGUCUCCCGCCUCUCCUCCGCCGUCCCUGCUGAUGCCGCCGGCGUUUCCCGCGACAUCCUGGCCUCUCAGGUCCAGGACAUGUCCAAGGAGAAGGUUGCCGCUGCGAAGAACAUGGCGUUCGCCUUCGACAUUGACGGUGUCUUGGCUCACGGUAACGAGGCCAUCCCAGAGGCCAAGGAGGCUCUCCGCAUGCUCAACGGCGACAACGAGCUCGGCAUCAAGAUUCCCUACAUCCUCUUGACCAACGGUGGUGGUAAGACCGAGGCCGCCCGUUGCGCUCAGCUCACUGAGGUUCUCGAUUCUCCCAUUUCCACCGACCAGUUCAUCCAGUCCCACACUCCCAUGCAGGCCUUGUCUGAAUACUACGACACUGUUCUUGUUUGCGGUGGUGAGGGCCAGAAGAUCCGUGAGGUCGCUGAGAACUACGGCUUCAAGAACGUUGUCCACCCUAAGGACAUCCUCGCUUGGGACCCUACUGUCUCCCCCUGGGCUGUCUUCACCGAGCAGGACCGUGCUGAGGCCAAGCCCCGCGACUUCUCCAAGAUCAAGUUUGACGCCGUCCUUGUCUUCGCCGACUCUCGCGACUACCAGACCGACUUCCAGCUUAUCAUUGAUCUGCUGCUCGCCGACGACGGCAAGAUGCUAACUCGCUCCGAAGACCCCGUCGCCAACCGCAUCCCCAUCUACUUCUCCCAGGGUGACUUGGUCUUCCCUACCGACCACAAGGGUCCCACGCGUCUCACGCAGGGUGCCUUCCGUAUCUCCGUUGAGGCUCAGUACAAGGCUCUGACCGGUCAGGAGCUUGAGCGUGUUGUCUACGGAAAGCCCGAAAAGGCCACCUACACCUACGCCGACGAGGUCCUCCGCUCCUGGAUGGAACAAAUCCACAACGAAAACCACCUCCCCGAGAACAUCUACAUGGUCGGUGACAACCCCGCCUCCGACAUCUGCGGUGGAAACAUGCACGGCUGGAACACCUGCCUUGUCCGCACCGGUGUCUUCCAGGGCGGCGACAACGACGAGAACAACCCCGCCAACUUCGGUGUCUUCCCCAACGUCCUUGAAGCCGUCAAGACCGCUGUCCGCAAGGAGCUCGGCCACGAGUUCAAGAUGAAGUGGAACCCCAAGGUUAACCCCGUCCUCCACGGCGACAACACCUCCUCUGCCGUUGAAUAA